AUUAAACAAUUUGUAUUGAGCUACGAAAUAUCACAUGGCCUAAAUUGCUUUAGGAGUGCAUUUCAGUGUCUAUUGGAAUCAGCUUCGUUAUAGAAUUUAAUUUGUUUUUGGAACCAUUCGUUUGGUGUAAACCUUGUAUAUAAGGCAGCUUGGGAUGCAUGUACAGGAUUGCGUUCAAGCCCUGUUACCAAAUUUGGAAAUUUCAAGGGUUGCGUAGCCAUGUUACUGACAGGGUCCACUGCAUAGCUAAGUACAAAGGAACUUAUAUUACAAGACCCACACAAGAUCAGAAUGGAAACUGCCGGGCAGUCAUGCGUGAAGGAAUGCUGUCUCUAGGAUGGAACGAUUGUCCUGGAACGCAAAGUCAAAAUGCAGGUAAAGCUUCGGCAUGUGCUGGCUGCCCGAAUCAAGGAAUUUGUGCCUCGGGAGAGAGUAAACAGGUGGAUCCUGGAAUAGAGUUAGUAAAGCAGAGGCUAUCCAAUGUGAAAAACAAGAUUCUGAUACUUUCCGGCAAAGGAGGAGUUGGAAAAAGUACCGUUACAUCUCUUUUGGCACGGACUUUGGCUGCUGAUGACCCGAACAGAAAUGUAGCUGUAUUAGAUAUAGAUAUUUGUGGGCCAUCUCAACCAAGGGUGCUGGGUGCCCUUGGUGAACAAAUUCAUCAAAGUGCAUCUGGGUGGUCACCUGUAUACAUUGAAGAUAAUUUGUCACUAAUGUCCAUUGGUUUCCUCCUUGGAAGUUCUAACGAUGCUGUGAUAUGGAGGGGACCUAAAAAAAAUGGAAUGAUAAAACAAUUCCUGUCUGAGGUUGAUUGGGGUGAUUUGGAUUAUCUGAUAUUGGAUACGCCACCCGGUACGUCAGACGAGCAUUUAUCUGCAACUUCAUACUUAAAGGGUGCUGGAAUAACUGGAGCAGUUAUAGUUACGACACCUCAAGAAGUUGCCUUAUUGGAUGUUAGAAAAGAAAUUGAUUUUUGUAAAAAGGUUAACAUUCCUAUAAUAGGUGUCAUUGAAAACAUGAGCGCGUUUGUUUGUCCUAAGUGCAAGAGCUCGGCUGAAAUUUUUCCAGCAUUAACGGGAGGAGCUAAGCAGAUGUCAAGUGAAUUAAACGUUGAAUAUUUAGGAUCACUUCCAUUAGAUCCACUUUUAGCAAGAUGUUGCGACGAAGGCAAGAACUUUUUGACAGAAAUGCCUGAUUCACCUACCACAGUUGCGAUACAGACGAUUAUAGAAAAAAUCAUACAGAAAUGCAGUGACAGCAAGCAGCAGUGUCUUGAAUAAAAUAUUUCGUACCUA